AUGAACCUGAAUCCUCUUACUAAACAAGGCGAGGCGCUGCACUGUGAGGUCUGUGAAAUGAUUGUAGAAAAAUGGUUAGAGGGUUCCAGUGAUUUUGUUACAAAUAGUAUAUGCAUGGUGAGUCCUGGGAUCGGGACUCAUUUUGUGAAUAGUCAAGAGUUCUGGCCUGUCCACAUGCACAACCAGUGAGUCCCAGUUAAAAAACAGGGAGUCCUUAAUUGAAAAUGCUUGGUAUGGGCCUUUUAACCAGACAGUUAAUCUGGAGACAGAUGCCAAAACUUUUUAUGACAGUUUACUAAAAUGAAAAUAUAGUCCUAUAUAUUUAAAGCACAAAAAGACUAAAAUGAUUAUAUACAUCUUUAAACAACAGCUACAGAAAUCGCACAAACAGGAUAUUCUACCAACAAAUCUUCAAAUUGAUCGAUCAUCCUUUGCAUCCUAUGGGAUGCAUGCCAUGAAUUAUUUUGCGUCUUUGGAUAAGUUUUUGUGUGAGGGACACAAAAUGCAGAGGUAACAAAAUCACUGGGGUUUGAAAUCAUUCCAAAUAGUGCACCAGUUUAAUUUACUGAGAAGGACGGUAACAAAUAUUGUUGAUCGUUUCAUAUGUCCAGGAAGCCCCUACACAGAUUUUUUUAAACAGCGACGACCAAGUAUGUAUGCUACGGAAAUACAAAAACAUUUAAUCGAAAAUCAGGUUGUUGACCCGCAAAGGUUCGAUAAGUCAUGUAUUGACACGUGAUUUCGGUUACUCUUGCAAAGAGUUGACAAUAGUUCCAAAAGAGAGCUUAAUCUAAUAAUAUAAUAAUGCUUGACUGAGAACGCUCAAGAAAAAGUUGAAGCAUGUAUUUUUUUUCAGUAACUGUGAUCCCAGGAAUAGGUACUUCUUUGACGAGAACUCGGUGAUUAAAACAACUGGGAAGUGAAGCUACUGUUGAGCAAACUUGUGAAGCUCAGUCGUAGUUGACAACUAUGUCUUGAAGUUCGCAAUUUGAUUCCCUAACUUGCUAAGUAAUUGGCUACUUCAUGAUGUAGUACCCAAUUUUCCAACGAACUUUGCAACAUGGUGUGGUAAAUAAUGUGAAAUCGACUGUAACAGAGUGAUCCAGACUUAAAGAGCGCUUUCCAUUUGUCCGAACUGGCCGGCCGGACCAUUGUCCAACCAGUCGGUUUGAUAUUGAAAUAUGCUUUUGCCAAGAGUUUUUGCUGAACAACCAUUUCCUUGGUGCAUACUACUUAGGAUUUGACUGAUCUGGCUGGAGAGAUUUGAUUAAAAUGGAAAUUCUCAUUGCGUUGGGAAUGGUUUGGCCGGUCAGUUCUGACAAAUGAAAAGCACCCUAAGUCAUUUCAGUGGACAGCAAAACCAGCAGUGGAGUUAAACUAGUAAAACCACUUUUAUUUAUCCUGUAUUACCCUGCAGUUCUAUGCAAACAUCAUAUUGACCAGGGGGAAGGAGGGUACUCCUUAAAUAUGUUCUCUUGAAAUCCAAACAAUGUUCCCACAACUUGCAAAGCAACCAGCAGAUUUGUUUACUGAUCAUUCCUUGAAUAUCCACACUCAUAGCUCAGCAUACAUUGUUGUCAGUUAAGAUGUUACAUGGUUGCGGUGACUGUCACAUUUUUUUUAGUUUCUCUUGCAUCUUCAAUACCAAGAAACAAUUACAACAUGUGAGAAAAACAAAGAGGCAUGAUAUUUUUGUCAAUUAUUGAAUUAUUUUCUCUGUUGGUUCGCCUCUCACUGCUAAAAUAUUUACUUUAGGAAACACAUGUACAUGUAUAUCCAGCAUAUCACAUUGAAUGUUUGGCUUUCAAGCUAGAUCAAACUCUUUUGAAUGAAAGAGUUUGAUGCAGCUCAGCCAUUCAACAAAACCCACUCACCAAAAAAAAUUGAAUAGAUCAUUUGAUUUUUGAAGUCAGUCAAACAUUGAGUUGGGUUAUCAAACAAAGUGGAACUCACAUAAGGAACACUCGAAUGGAACAAAAACAAGCGUUUCAGUUCCAAGCAAUUGAUGACAAGUGUGUUAAUUAUUGAUCUAGUGUGAAAGCAGUCAAAGCGAUGUAAGAUCCUGCUUCUUUUAUUAUUUCCAUUUCAGAGUUAAAUUCUAAAAUAAACAUUUUUGUGAAAAUUUACAUUUAUUUUGUUUACCAAGGAAAAAGUCUUUAAAUCUGCAAGUUGAAAUCAUCUUGGGAAUCAUCUCAGUUAUUACUCUUCACUCCUUAAUUGGCCUCAAUAAUAUUGUAGCAUAUUCUGAAUCCAGCACUUGUCAGAUUUCCCUGGCUUGUUGAGUUGACUCAGUUUUCACAUUUUAUUUUUUUCCAAUAUAAUUUGGUUUGUUUCGAUUUUGUUCAGGCAUCAAACUCUCCAGAAAGCUGGUUUGAUAUUGUUUGAUGGCCAAACUGUUUUGUUCGGGAGAGUUUGAUGGGAACUUUGUUUUGCAUAAUACAUUGUACACCGGAAGUAUACAUUUACUGCAGUAAAUUAUCUGCUGCCCACCAGGGUUAUCGCUUUACAAGUUGUGAGAACAUCAUUUCUUGCACCCAGACCUUGUUACUUUCCCCUGCUUCCCCUGGUAUUGACCCUGUACGUGUAGAUGAUAAUGUACAACCUGAGGGAGGUUGUGCCCUUGAAAAGUAGGCUUUUUGUUACUGGUACUGGUAAUCAUAGACAGCCUCUGUUUACAUUUACAUGUACAUGUAACCCCUGGUCCAUAGUCUUAACGUUGCAGGUUGCGGGCAACAUAAUGUACUAGCUAUUACUAUGAAACACAACUGUAUGCAUGUAAAAUUAUUGUAAUGUGAUGAAUCAGGGUUGUCAGAAAGUUUUGAAGUAGACAGCUGAGUUGUCAAAAAUAAUAAGCAGCCAGUAAAUUAUAUGUAUAUUACUCAUUUAGUAUUUUUUAUUCGUAUGAGAAUAUCUACAUUAGUAAAAUUGCCUUACUGCUAAAAGGUUUUCCCUCCCCCCCCCCCCCCCCCGAUAGCCUGGGGAAUAGCUUCUGUGUUUUACUUAUUAGCACUUUGUUUUGUUUUUCAUACAACAGGCCAGGCAGAUCACCUUGGUAUGUGAUGUUGGUGCAGAACGUUCUCUCAAAGCAGGCUGGUUCAUGGAACUUAAUUUCAGUCUCAAGUUACUGUGCUUUAUGCUUAGUCAAGUUCUGCAAAUGUUAAUCUUGAAAUACUACUUCUAUGCUAAAGACAAAAAAUGUCCAACUGCUACCUUGAGUGAGCAAGGUGAAGCAAACCUUGCAUUCUAA